GGGAGUGGAGAACUCGAAGGGUUAAUCGGGAAACCUCGGGAGAAACCUGAUGCUAAUUAAGUCUUAGGAAUGCCAUAUACUGACAUUUUCUUCAAAACCAUUCAGAGUGGGUCAGAAACAACUACGGAAGAGAAGUAAUGUACUAACCUCAUUGUUCGUGGUGCUGACACCGACAGAUCACGGGCACUGAAUCAAAGCACGGCAGAACGACUGACAACUACAACAUGACAGUGUCUAGAACACGACUGUUUCUUUUUCUGUGCGCCGCACUCUUUGGAAAUGUUGGAAGUGUGGCAGAUAUAUGCCGAGGAGUACACUGUUUCACCGCAGAGACUGCAGACUCCAGACCGUGCGCGGGGACAUACUGCCCGGGGCGUCCUCCCCGACAGCCCUGGCAGUUCACUCCAACGACACAGGGCAGGUCAGCGCAGAUCGCGCCCAACCACCACAACGCCCGCCACCCUAGUUCUCCAUCCAGAGCUAUAUCGGACCCGUACACUAUUAUUCAUCCUCAGCGUGGAGACAGCGAUUUACGCAGGGAAAGCGCAAGGAGGAGACCCUCUGAAGUUAGUUAUGGAUGCACUGGGGCGGAUUGCGUUACACCUCAAAGACAACCAAGCAACGACUCAAGAGAGUGCCGAGGCAUUGAAUGUAGACUGCCGCUGCGGAUACGACCGAAGCCAAGACCAAGACCGUGUGUGGGGGAAAGGUGUCCAGCAGGGUCUGAGGACACCGGCAGUCAACCCACCUUGGUCCAUAUGGCGGACAGAGCCGCUCAGGGUCUUGGGGAAUUUCCGGACUUUGGAUAUCCUGCGUCAGAACUCGGGGGCGCUCCUUUGGGUGUUCAGCUCACGUGCGACAUAAAGCCAGGUGAGAAUGAGGUGCCUUCCGAGGAUGCCCUCAUCCUGCAGCUGCAGCUGGCCAAGGGGCAGGAGAAGUUUGUGGAGGCGCUGAAGUCCCAGCAGGUUGUGAUUCGGGACCUCCAGCAGAGGCUGGCGGAGCAGCAGGACACCCUGAUUGGCCAGCAGCGCGAGAUACUGGAGCAUCAGCGUAAGAUGUACGAGCAGAUGGACCUGAUCAAGGUGCAGUACAGCAUGCUCUCCGAGACAGUCAAGCAGAUGUCCUUCCAGAGCUUGCAGGACGACAUUCAGAGCUACUUCGAGACCCACCUGCAAGGGCUGCAGAACCAGGUCAGGAGCCACCUGCAGAAGUCCUACGCCGUGCACAAGGUGGAUGUGGACGCCAAGGUGAUGGACGUGGGACACCCCCUGCUGGACUGCGGCUCCUGCGGCCCAGAGGAGUACUGCGACUUUCAGAGGGACACGCCCAGGUGUGAGAGGUGCACCAUGUGCCCCUCUGGGUUCUUCCUGGUCUCCCAGUGCUCACCGACUUCAGACCGCAUAUGCCAGGACAGAGAUGAAUGUCUAGAAAUACCAAACCUCUGUGGGGAGAGGGUCAAAUGCCUCAACACCCCAGGUGGGUUCAGGUGCCUGGGUGUUUCUGAGAGGGAAGCCUCCGCCAACGUGUGUGGACAUGACUACUUCUACAACCGUGAGCUGGAGGAGUGCCAGGCAUGCUCUGACUGCGACGGGGAGCCCGUGGUCUUCCCCUGCUCUGCUGCCAGUGACACGGUGUGCGGCUCCCUCACCGACGUCAGGCUGUCCCAGUCCUGGGCUGCCAUGGUCGCUCUGCCCCCUGCCAGGGCCCCCACGAGCCACAUCUAUCCCGGGAUGCAGCUGAACAUCCGGGAGAAAGAGCACAGCACCCUGCUGUCCAACCAUGAUGGGGCGUUGGUGUUCCAGGUGCAUGGCCUGAUAUGGGCUGACCACAACUUCGCCCUGAAGCACAGCUGCAGAAACUUCCUCCAGCUGUCAGUCAGGAUGAAUAGCAGCGAAGAGGACGGGCGGGACUUGAGCGGGGUUCGGGUGGAGCAGCCGGAGGCCAAGUUCUACCAGAGCGUCAGUGUGAGCACUGCCGCCGAGGUGGAGCCCAACCACACCCUGUCCCUCUUCCUAAAGAGCCCCAACCACCACUGCAAUCAGAGCAAAGAUGUGCACGUCUAUGACCUCCCAAUGCCCUUCAGCCUGCUCUGGCUCUCCCAUGACACGGGUGCUGUGGCCAUGGCUGCCCAGACCUCAGUGUCUGUACACUACCAGACCACGUACCGCCCCACCUUCAAGGUCAUCUCCGUCUCGGACCCCUACAUGGUGAGCCUCUCACACGACAGCCGAGCUGUGAGGUUCACAGAGACCGGGGUGGUGAAGUUCGUGUUCCAGCAGGCGCUGUACUCCAUGGGCCACACAUGCAUCCGGGAGGGGUACUCCCUCAUCGCGUACCUCAACAGGAAUGCCACCAACAUGGAGCUGAUGCAGGUCUUCAAGUCUGGGGUGAACUACAGGGACACGUCCAUCUCCCUGUCUGGCGCGGCCAGUGUGGACGCGGGCGAAAUGCUCAGCUUUGAGAUCCACUCCCCCGUGCAGUGCAAUGUCCGCUACUUUGGCGAUGGCACCGGCAUCAGCACACUCAGCCUGAUCUGGAUCCCCUCGGCUGCCAGCUCCGCCCUUUCUGCCACCAUCUCCAAGACGGGCCUGCCGGCUGGCGCUGUUCGCAACAAGGCCCUCAGCUUCUACCAGGUGAGCGGCAGUGUACCCCAGGUCCAGCUGGUGGCCACCGGUCAGUUUGCCCGCAAGAACUUCGUCUUCCGUGAGAGUGGGGCGGCCAACGUGGCCUUCAACCUGAAGCUGAUCCACUCCUGCAAUGUAGUGAAGUUGACCCUUUACCGACAAGAGGGCGACCAGGCCCAAUCCACCCCUGUGGCCCAGCAGGUGGGCGGGCACAUGCCGGAGGGCGCCGAGUGGACCAGCGUGGGACUGCGCGCCACCUUCGAGGUCCACAACGGCACCAUGAUCUUCAUCACCCUGGACUGUGUGCGUGGUCGCAUCAACCAGAUCACCCAUGAAGGAGGCACCAACAUCUCCAUCCUGUGGGUGGCGUCAUGAUUCUGUAAGGAUACUUUUUUGGUAUUCGUUUCAUGAAUUUCAAUCGUUUUGCACAAAACAAGAGUGAUGAUGGGAGAGUAACACUUCUGGAACCAAAGAGUAGGUGGAGCCAUCAAGUUUUACAGUGACUUCCUGAUUUGGAUCGAAUCAUUGUAAUUACUGUGGAGAGCAGUAGGAGUGGCUGAUGGCACUACGCGGUUCAGGAAGCCUCACUCUCCCAUCACUAAACAGAAACAAACCGUGAUUACAGUGACCACAGCAACAAACAGUGAUUGCAGUAACAACAGCAACAAUAGUUAUGACAGUACAAAAAACAACAACAAAAAAACAAGGGGAACUGUUGACUGGUUAAGCAUAUGCUGCUGAUCUGCAUAGGUACUUAAAAAAAGAUGUUUUGUCAUUUCUGAAAUUAUCAUAUGUGUAUUCUAGAUAUAAAUAUAUUUUUGGCAAAUACACACUAUUUUUAUUUUCCAUUUAUUUCUGAUGUGUUCAUAUUAUUUAGCUCUUGGGUGUAAUGCAUUUACAAAGAAUUGUGCUGUAGUAAAACAUUUUUUUUGCAGAAGCAAUGGACUUUUAAAUUAAACCCCUAAUCGUAAGUACUGCUGCCCAUGUAAGUACUUAGGCUGGUUGAACAGUGACCAAUCUUGACUGUUUUGUGCUUUGUUUCAUAUCAGAAUUGCAAUUAUUUUUGUCUUUGUAUGUAGUCUUUCUGCAUUUUGGGCCAUUUAUUUCAGUAUGUGUUUUUAUUUUCAUUUUAUAAUGUAAUUAAUUAUACCUGAGUGCAUUGUUGAUGAAUGACAAAACCAUAUGUACAAAAACAUUUGAGUGCAUAUACAUUUAAACUGCUUAUUUUUAAAAUAACCCACUAUAAAUGAAAAUUUUUAUAAAUAUACAAUCCUUGUAUGCUGUACCACACAUCUAUUUCAUUUAGCCAACAUUCAAAUACAGUUUCAACUGACAAAUGUGAACAUUAAAUGAAUCAUUUUGACAUGAAAAUGAUUGUGAUCACAGAUAUGUAGUAUAUUUCAUGAAUUUGCAUCAAGAAUGAUUACUCCUGCUUUGCAAUCAUUUGAUUUAAUUCAUGAUAAAGUUUGAGAUAAACAUGCAUGAUGCAUUAUAUUGCAUUUGCAUAUGCUAUAUUCUUUGUAUUAUGGAUUUAAUAUGGCUUUUCUAUCUUUUUUUGUGGCAUAGGGUUUCUGUUUAUCUGAAUACAGUAGUAUUUCAGUUCUAAUUUCACACCA